CUGUCAAAGGAUUAUGCAGUUGUCUGUAAUCCUUCUGUUUCUCCAGCUGUGGGGGAUUGUGGAAGUUUCUCUGUCACAGAAUGUGUGUUCGAAGCUCCCAGAUGUUCCUCACGCCCAUGUGUCAGAAGAGACCAAAAAAGCUGAGUACCAAGAAACAGACGUGAUACAUUUCACUUGUGAACCUGGUUAUAUAUCAGAUCAAACCUCCAAAUAUGUAUGUACAAGAGAGGGCUGGCUGACAAUCAGUCAGGGAACGUGCUACUCAUGUUCAACGCUGCCAGAUGUUCCUCAUGCCCACAUUUCAGAAGAGACCAAAAAGGCAGAUUACCAAGAAGGAGACGUGAUACAUUUCACUUGCGAACCUGGUUAUACAUCAGGUCCAACCAUCAAAUAUGUAUGCACGAGCGGGGGCUGGUUGGCAGUUCGUCAGGGAACGUGUUUCUUUCCAGCUUCCAGCUGUGAGCCCCCUCCUGCAGAUGGUGGAGUUACAGUAAAAGGUUUACCACAAAAUGAAGAACCCAUACUUCCUGACCAAUUCCUCACAUUCAGCUGUGGUCCUGGGAAAUAUCUGGAUGGCAGUUCAGUGCUGAUAUGUGGUAAAGAUGGACAAUGGAAUAAUCCAUUCCCCUCAUGUGAAGACAUCACUUGUAAAGUUGGAGUGAUGCACCCUCAUCUCUAUGUAGCUGGACUCCCAAGAGCAAAUGAAACAAUGAAGACUGGACAUAAAUUACGGUUUCAAUGCAGUGAUCAAUACACAUUGUAUGGGUCUGAGGAAAUUGAAUGUUUACAAACUGGGCAGUGGAAUACUCUCUUUCCAACUUGUGCUGAUUCUCUUACAGACAAAUGCAAAGUCACAGAUGUACCAGCCAACGUAUACAUCCCCGUAUAUGUACCAAACAAUCAACUACGAAAAGGACAAAAGUUAAGGUUUGAGUGCAGACAGAGAGGACACUUUCUUCGCGGAAAUGCAUCGGUUGAAUGUUUAGCAAACGGACAGUGGAGUGACCCCUUCCCAACAUGUGGACCUCCUUUGGGUUGUAGGAGACCACCGCCCCUUACAGAUGGAGAUAUCAAGGACAGUGUUCUAUUCCAGUACAGACAUGAAGAUAGAGUUGAAUAUGUCUGUCCGAACUUGUACAUUAUGCAGGGUGGACCUUACAAAACCUGCAAAAAUGGUGAAUGGGUUGGACAGAUAAGAUGCCUCAAACCCUGCACUGUGGAUAAAGAAGCCAUGAGAAGUCACAAUAUUGUCUUCAGAUAUACAGCUGAUGAUAAGCUGUAUUCAACACAUAAUGAUGUAAUCCAGUUUAUGUGUACCAGAGGAAGAACACAUGAUGGAGUAAAGGAGAUGCGCCCGAAGUGUGUUGACGGUGUGAUGCUCCUGCCCACUUGCCAGUAAAAGUUUAUUAAUCAACUGAAUAUAAUAUGAUAAACAUGAGCUGGUUGAACAAACAUGUAAAUGAUUAAUCAAAGUAAAGAGUUAGACCAGUAUCUAUACUUCCUGUGUGUUGUAAUUUUAAUAAAGCACAGCUUUUCACUUUG